AUGGCAGAGGUCAGUUUUUCAGAGUAUCAUGACCGGUUCAUGUGUCCAGUCUGUCUGGAUCUCCUUAAGGAUCCUGUGACUAUUCCCUGUGGACACAGUUACUGUAUGGGCUGUAUUAAGGGCUGCUGGGACCUGAAUGAUCAGAAGGGAGUCUACAGCUGCCCCCAGUGCAGACAGACCUUCAGUCCAAGACCAGUUCUGGGUAAACAUACUAUACUGGCUGAAAUGGUGGAGAAACUGAAGAAGACAAGACUCCAAGCUGCUGCUCCUCCUGCUCACUGUGACACUGGAGAUGUGGAGUGUGAUUUUUGCAUUGGGAAGAAAGAAAAAGCCAUCAAGUCCUGUCUGACAUGUCUGGUUUCAUACUGUCAGACUCACCUCCAGCCUCACUAUGAGGUCACUGCCCUCCAGAAUCACACGCUGGUCAAAGCCUCCACACGACUACAGGACCAGAUUUGUCAUCAUCACAACAAACUGAUAGAACUUUGGUGUCAAACCGACCAACAGUUCCUGUGUUAUCUGUGUCUGGUGGAUCAACACAGAGACCACAAAACAGUAUCAGUGGCAGCAGAGAGGACUGAAAGACAGAAACAGUUGGGAGAAAGUCAGAGGAAAACCCAGCAGAGAAUCCAGGAGAGAGAGAAGAAGGUGCAGGAGUUGAGACAGGCUGUGGAGUCUCUGAGGCGCUCUGCACAGGCAGCAGUGGAGGACAAUGAGAGAAGGUGUCGUGAGGUGACAGAGCUGAUCAGAGAUCAGGAGAAGAGUGAAUUGAGUGGGGCUGAAGGAGUCCUGGAGCAACUGGAGCAGGAGAUUUCUGAUCUGAGGAGGAGAGACACUGAGCUGGAGCAGCUUUCACACACAAAGGAUCACAUCCAUUUCCUCCAGAGUUUCUCAUCUCUCUGUGCCCCUACUGGAUUUGAAGACCAAAACAGCAUCCACACCAGUCUAAACUUCUCUUCUGAGGAUGUAGGAAAAUCUGUCUCUCAGCUGAAAGAGCGUCGGGAGGAUUUCUGUAAGGAGGAGUCUGGAAGACUUUCCAGUAAAGUGACAAACACUGACAUCACUCCUCUCCCUGAACUCAAAACCAGAGAUGAGUUCUUACAAUAUUCCUGUGAUCUCUCACUGGAUCCCAACACGGUAAAUAAAUACCUCUGUCUGUCUGAGGAGAACAGAGUGGUGACAUGGAGUAACACAGUCCAGUCAUAUCCUGAUCAUCCAGAGAGAUUUGAUGAGUGGUGUUAUCAGGUGUUGUGCAGAGAGAGUGUGUCUGAACGCUGUUACUGGGAGACUGAGUGGAGUGGGCCUUAUGGGGUUUCUAUAUCAGUGUCAUGUAAAGACAUCAGCAGGAAAGGAGGGGGUCGUGAGUGUGGGUUUGGAUUUAAUGAUCAGUCCUGGAAUUUGUACAGCUCUCACUCUUAUUGCUCAUUCUGGCACAAUAAUGAAGUGACUGAACUCCCCAUAGUUCCCAGUUCCUCCAAAAUAGGGGUGUAUGUGGACCACAGGGCAGGAACUCUGUCCUUCUACAGCGUCUCUGACACAAUGACCCUCAUCCACAGAGUCCACACCACAUUCACUCAGCCCCUCUAUCCUGGGUUUAAUGUCUGUGCUGGCAGUGUAUUG